AUGCUGAGUCCAAAGAGGGCCCUCCGGCUGGCGAGCGUCCCCUCUGGGAGUGACCAGCAGCAGGCCCAGGGCCUUCUGCCCCCAGCACACCCCAGCCUGCAGGCCGUCCCCAGCACAUCCCCGCCGCCUCUGAGCCCGCACACGGCCACCAGCGGCGACUUCCUUGUUGCACCUGCUCUGAAGCUCACCUCGGGGCCGGGGCUAGGGACAGGGCCCCUGUGCCAGCUCCACAGCCCCCAGGCGAGCCCUGCCCUCCCACGCCCCCGCCGUGUGCACAGGCCUCCCCUUCUCACCUGCCGCCCGGAGGCUACAGCCCCUGCUUACUCUCUGUGGUUUCAGGACGCCACAAGGCAAGGCCCACGGAGGAGCGUGGACGUGGACGUGGACGUGUCCGGGCGGGGAGUAGCAGCCAUGGUGGACGAGCCGGGCUCCCGUGCUGGCAGCCCCCAGGCCAUGGGCGACGCGCAGGGGCCGGGCCUGUGCCGGGGCCAGAUCAUCUUUGGAGGCUCUGGGAAGAAGCGAGGCAAGCUCGUGAAGGUGCCGCGCGGUGUGGGCCCCUCCGUGCUCUUCGAUCUGCUGCUCACCGAGUGGCAGCUGCCGGCCCCCACGCUGGUGGUGUCGCUGGUGGCCGAGGAGCGGCCCCUGGCCGUGAAGCCGUGGCUGCGGGAUGUGCUGCGCAGGGGGCUGGUCAAGGCGGCGCAGAGCACAGGGGCCUGGAUCCUGACCAGCGCCCUCCGCGUGGGCCUGACCUGGCACGUCGGGCAGGCUGUGCGCGACCACUCGCUGGCCAGCACGUCCACCCAGGUCCGCGUGGUCGCCAUCGGCAUCGCCUCCCUGGGCCACGUCCUGCACCGGCAGCACCUGGACAACGCCCCGGAGGACAUCCCUGUCCACCUCCCCGAGGACGACGGCGGCGGCCAGGGUCCCCUCUGCCCGCUGGACAGCAACCUCUCCCACUUCCUGCUGGUGGAGCCGGCCCCCCCGGGGCAGGCGGACGAGCUGACGGAGCUGUGGCUGGGGCUGGAAAAGCACAUCUCUGAGCAGAGGACGGGCUACGGGGGCACCGGCAGCAUGGAGAUCCCUGUCCUCUGCCUGCUGGUCAGCGGUGGCCCUGGCAUCCUGGAGAGGAUGUCCAGGGCACUGGAGCAGGCGACCCCGUGGCUGAUCCUGGCGGGCUCGGGGGGCGUGGCCGACGUGCUGGCCGCCCUGGUGAGCCAGCCGCACCUCCUGGUGCCGCAGCUGGUGGAGAAGCAGUUCAAGGAGAAGUUCCCCGGCCAGUGUUUCUCCUGGGAGGCCAUUGUGCACUGGACCAAGCUGCUGCAGAACAUCGUGGGCCACGCCCACCUGCUCACCGUGCACGACUUCGAGCAGGACGGCUCGGCCGAGGUGGACACGGUGCUGCUGAAGGCGCUGCUGAAGGCCUGCAAGAGCCACAGCCAGGACGCCCAGGACUACCUGGACGAGCUCAAGCUGGCCGUGGCCUGGAACCGCGUGGACAUCGCCAGGAGCGAGAUCUUCAACGGGGACGUGGAGUGGAAGUCCUGCCACCUGGAGGAGGUGCUGAUGGACGCCCUGGUGGGCGACAAGCCCGAGUUCGUGCGCCUGUUCGUGGACAGCGGGGCGGACGUGGCCGACUUCCUGACCUACGGGCGGCUGCAGCAGCUGUACCGCUCCGUGCCCCCCAAGAGCCUGCUCUUCGAGCUGCUCCAGCGCAAGCACGCCGAGGGCCGGCUCACGCUGGCCGGCCUGGGCGCGCAGCAGCCCCGGGGGCCCCCCGCCGGGCCGCCCGCCUUCUCGCUGCACGAGGUGUCCCGAGUGCUCAAGGACUUCCUGCACGACGCCUGCCGCGGCCUCUACCAGGACGGCCGGGCGGCCAGCCACGGGAGGGCGGAGAGGGGACCAGCCAGGCGGCCCACGGGCCACAGGUGGCCGCUGGACCUCAGCCAGAAGAGCCAGGACCCCUGGAGGGACUUGUUCCUGUGGGCCGUGCUGCAGAACCGCCACGAGAUGGCCACCUACUUCUGGGCCAUGGGCCGGGAGGGAGUGGCCGCUGCCCUGGUGGCCUGCAAAAUCCUCAAAGAGAUGUCCCACCUGGAGACGGACACCAAGGUGGCCCGUGGCACUCGGGAAGCCAAGUACGAGCAGCUGGCCCUGGGCCUCUUCUCUGAGUGCUACAGCAACAGCGAGGAGCGGGCCUUUGCCCUGCUGGUGCGCCGGAACCGCAGCUGGAGCAGGACCACCUGCCUGCACCUGGCCGCCGAGGCCGACACCAAGGCCUUCUUCGCCCACGAUGGCGUGCAGGCCUUCCUGACCCGGAUCUGGUGGGGGGACAUGGCAGCGGGCACCCCCGUGCUGCGGCUGCUGGCCGCCUUCAGCUGCCCGGCCCUGGUCUACACCAGCCUCAUCACCUUCAGCAAGGAGGCCCCACUGCGGCCGGGCCCUGAGGCCGUGCAGGAGCUGGACGACCUGGACUCGGAGAGGAGCCUGCUGGGCAGCCGGGAGGAGGAGCCGCUGAAGGUGCCGGGCGCCGGGGGUGAGCGGGGCCCGCGGGCCGCCUUCCUGCUCACGCGCUGGCGGAAGUUCUGGGGCGCGCCCGUGACCGUGUUCCUGGGCAACGUGGUCAUGUACUUCGCAUUUCUCUUCCUGUUCACCUACGUCCUGCUCCUGGACUUCCGGCCGCCCCCGCGGGGGCCGGCGGGGGCCGAGGUCGCCCUGUACUUCUGGGUGUUCACGCUGGUGCUGGAGGAGAUCCGGCAGGGCUUCUUCGCGGCCGGGGACACGCACCUGGUGAAGAAGUUCUCGCUGUACGUGGGAGACAACUGGAACAAGUGCGACAUGGUGGCCAUCUUCCUGUUCGUCGUGGGCGUCACCUGCAGGGCGCUGCCCGCGCUGUUCGAGGCCGGCCGCGCCGUGCUGGCCCUGGACUUCAUGGUGUUCACGCUCCGGCUCAUCCACAUCUUCGCCGUCCACAAGCAGCUGGGCCCCAAGAUCAUCAUCGUGGAGCGGAUGAUGAAGGACGUCUUCUUCUUCCUCUUCUUCCUGAGCGUGUGGCUCGUGGCCUACGGCGUGACCACGCAGGCGCUGCUGCACCCCCACGACGGCCGCCUGGAGUGGAUCUUCCGCCGCGUGCUGUACCGGCCCUACCUGCAGAUCUUCGGGCAGAUCCCGCUGGACGAGAUCGACGAGGCCCGUGUGAACUGCUCCGUGCACCCGCUGCUGCUGGAGGGCUCGCCCUCCUGCCCCAACCUCUACGCCAACUGGCUGGUCAUCCUGCUGCUGGUCACCUUCCUGCUGGUCACCAACGUGCUGCUCAUGAACCUGCUCAUCGCCAUGUUCAGCUACACGUUCCAGGUGGUGCAGGGCAACGCGGACAUGUUCUGGAAGUUCCAGCGCUACAACCUCAUCGUGGAGUACCACGGGCGGCCGGCCCUGGCCCCGCCCUUCAUCCUGUUCAGCCACCUGAGCCUGGCGCUCCAGCGGCUCCUCGGCAAGCGAGCCGGGCACACUCGGGAGCGCCUGGAGAGGGACCUGCCGGAGCCCCUGGACCAGAAGAUCGUCACGUGGGAGACGGUGCAGAAGGAGAACUUCCUGGGCAGAGAGGAGAAGCGGCGGAGGGACAGCGAGGGCGAAGUGCUGCGCAAGACCGCCCACAGAGUGGAGCUCGUGGCCCAGUCCCUGGGGGCGCUGAGGGAGCAGGAGAGGCGUAUCAAGUGUCUGGAGUCGCAGAUGAACUACUGCACCAUGGUCCUGUCCUCCGUGGCCGAUGCGCUGGCCCAGGGCGGCGCCCCCUGGAGCUCUCAGAACUGCAGGAAGGACCUCGCCGAUCGCGGAGGGGGCGCUGGCGGCAGGGAGCACCCACAGGCCGCUCAGCCCCCCUCGGACACCUGA